AUGCCGGAUCUCGCACAACAAGUGGGAAGUGCAGCGAUUUUUCUUGCUGGCGACAGGCUCUGCCGCAGUCAUGUUGGAAAGAAGGCAAGUGCUGCCUUGGAAGUGGCCUUAAGCGCGUUGAUCUGCUGGCUUUUCCCUGAUGAUAGCCAUUUCGGCCGGACGCAUGGAGGUGGUGUUCGAGCCAUUGCUGGUGUAGCUUGCGCACACGGCUUGUUGCUCCUCAAAGCACGCAGGCACACAAAGCUUGCAAAGCAAGUUGGUCGGGUCCUCACGCGGGAACAGCGGGCAGUCUUUUGGCCUGAGCUAUUCCGUGAUGUGACGGCUUCCCGGAGAGAGGUGGCAGUUCAUGAGUUGAUGCAUUUGCAGUUGCUUGCAGUGCGCGGACAGGGCAUGUGCCUUACACACUAUGGUGCUACUGCGGACGACUUGAACAUCCUGUACCAGUGGUUCGGGCCUUCUCGUUAUGUGGGCAAGGCUCGUUUGGUCCGUGACUCUCGGCCGCAAGUACCAGGUGUUGGACAACGGUUUUUGGAGCAUUUUCUGCGCUGGAAGCGACCGCACCUCAAAGGUGCGGAUGUUACACGCUAUGCAAAGUUUAGGCGCACCUCCGCUACCGGCAUGGCCUUCCUAGUUUGCAGAGCAGGCCCUGAGCGGAUGAUCAGUGCCGCUGAAAUUGUGGAGAUACGGCGCCACUGCCCGGAGGCCAAUGUUCAGGGCAACCCGCUUGCACAACGUCAGCGUGUGACCCGGCGCUCCAGGCCGCCUGCUUCUCAGAGACGCCGUAGCCAGUACGCUGCCAAAGCCUUCCCAGGAACCUUUGAAGGGCCCUUUGCUGGCCAGCAACUGCAGGCUGCUCUGAAAACAAUUGGACGUGCUCGUGACUGGCAUGACAGGUUCCAGCAUCCGGACCUUGGGCAGUUACUCCAGUACAACUUUCGCCGUGGAUAUGCGCACUACGUCCAAGCGUGGAUGGCCUCUACUGGCUGCAUUGGGCCGGUCAACAUCUAUAGCCGGCAGAAGUGGAAGCUCCUGGCGAUGUUUCUGGGGACAUUUGGCUGCGAGAUUGAUUGGGCACUCCUGGACAAGCACUGGGGCGCGCCUUGCGCCAUGAUUGAGCUAUGGUCCAAACUCCGCCGGUUCGAUUGGUCUGUCGUUGGCGGUGCUGACCCGCUGACCUUCGAUAUGGCUCAGGAACGCACACAUUUUCAGCGCAGCCACGCACCCUACGCCUUGCUCCGGGAUAGCUUGCAGUUCCCACGUGGCCACGUUGUCUGCCCAGAUGACAAGGUGCGCCAGUUUAGAUGGGUCAUGCCCUACACGGCGUACUUCCUUUUGAUUGCAUGGUUUGUUUCUGUCUCGCAAACGUGGACCACUUCUUCCAUGUCUACUGAUGAGGCAAAUUCCUGGUGCCGCGCUAUGCUUUUGGCCCUAGUGCCGCCCCUGCUGCAUGCAAGGAUGGGCAUUACACGCCGAGGCUGGUUCCUUCCAUACAUGUACGGGACCGUGAAAGCCAAAUGCUUUGGAUCUGGCCCUGAUGCGGGUAAACAUGUCUGCAACAAGCCUGGACAUUCAUGCUUGCGCCGCAUCGUCUCAUAUGCUACAUGGAAAGCACGCCGCAGUUGGCGUGCAGCUGGCCGUGCACUGAGUUUUAUUGCCCAGAGCGUCCUUCUGACUGAUGAGGUGCCGUCUUUAAAGCAGGCCAGGCCCUUUAUGGCUGAGGGCCUGGAACGUUUGCAGCCUUGCCGGGAAGUACAUGUCUGUGAUCGCUGCCAUGGCCCAUGCGAAGGAUUGCAAGGCAUCGUGGCUGAUGCUGGCCAGUUCUUCGAAGCCGUGCAAGUCCCUGAUGCUUGUGAGGCGGCUGACCGCGUUCUGAACUUAGCUGAGCUUGAUGGCCACUCCUCAGUCACUGUUGCUGGGAAGAAACAUGUUUUCUUUGGUGGGAGCAUCUACCGCUCCAUGCAGCAGUGCCUUGUCUUCUCGUUGGAGGAGCUUUAUUGGCUAUUCACUGCAGCUUGCAACAUGCGGUUUGCCCACACAGUCGAGCCCUAUGCGAGGGCUGCCUACGGGAUGGGAUACGCCAUGUUUAUGCAGUGCCGUUUGAAGUGGAAGGCCAUGGUCGUGGUCCUCAUCCUCGUGAUCGUGAGCGACAAGCCUUGCCACGUUACCCUCAGACUCCUGCGCAGACAGUUCGCCUGGAAGUCGCUGUUGUUGGUGAUGGGCGCUCGUCAUCCUUCAACAAUGGGUAUGGCCGUGAAAGGGAUGAAGGGGCGAAUGGUCGUCACCGUGAUCGCUCCCGUGGCCGUGGCAAGCGUCGACAUGGCUUUCGCCUCCAGAGCAGAUCGGAAAACGGAGGCUAAACAAGCUGAAGAUCGGUUGAUGGCUGAAAUGCAAAAGAUGCGAGCUGAGCUGGCCCGCAAAACUGCAGAGCCGUCCACACCGAAGAGGCGCUCAACACGGCAUCCGGAAGUGCAGUGGACUCCCAAGAUACAUGCCCACUUACAGUCUUUGUGCGCGUUCAUGUGUAAUGGGGAGAAGAUACACCUCGUGGAUGCCUCGAGAGUCCACGGAUGGGAAGAUAUUCAGGAGCAGUUGCAGGCCCACUCUGCACCGACUCUCAAGAAGUACUUGGCUACAAAGGUUCCUGCGUCAGAGGUGCCCCGCACCAAGCCAGCGAUUAUUGCAGCAAUUGUGGCCCUAGUGUCAGAAGCAGUGCGGGUCUGA